UCCCCCAUCUGCCCAUCAUUAUCUUAAUAGUUAAUAGUCUCCUCAUUUGACGACCAAACUUUCCAUUCCAUUAUCCAUCAUGCCUGGAACUUUGCGUAAAAAUAUUUUUAUAUGCCGUUUAUAUGAAACUGGAGGGCAGGGCCAAAGAAAAAGAUCAGAGCAGCUUCAAAACUGCAAAGAUUCAAAGCUGAGGCCCCACAAGUCUGUCCUUUUAGUCCUCUCCCUCCCUCUCUCUCUCUCUCUCUCUGUUCCUCCCUCCAUUGUUUCAGAGGAGCUUUCAUGAAGAACACCAAGCAAAGCCAUCUCUAUAUCUCUUCAAAAUAGCCAGCCAUCUCCCGUUCUCUACCACCCUCCCCCAAAAAAAGCAAACUUUUUGAUCCCUGUCGUGGCCCAGACCACCAUUAUGAAGACCAAAACAUAUAGCGUGCCCUUACGGGCCCCACAUUGCCGCCGUGCCGUCAAGUCCAAGGCACGGGAUGAUUCUUCCGACAGCUCGGCCGCCGUCGAACUCCUUUGCCGGCUCCGGAUGCCGGUCUUCUUCGUGGUGGUAAUGCUCUACGUUGUUGGAUUUCUCUUGUGCGCGGGAAGUGUUUCCAUGUUGAUGCACCCGCCGGCGGCCCCUGGUUCGGUGUACCGCAGCCCGGAGCUCUUCAAGAAGCUCUGGCCCGAAAUGCAGUUGGAUAACUCCUCUGGAGUUGAUUUAAAUGCAGUAUGGAAAUAUGGGAAGAGAUUGAAGCAGUGGAAACCUUGCACAAAUAGUUCAAUUGAGCAUUCUGGGUCACCAGCUCCAAGUGGUUACCUGAUUGUUGAUGCUAAUGGUGGUCUGAAUCAACAACGUUCAUCAAUCUGUAAUGCAGUGGCUCUGGCUGGUCUUCUUAAUGCAAUCCUUGUCACUCCACAAUUUCAUUUUCACAAUAUUUGGAUGGACCCAAGUAAAUUUGGAGAUAUAUAUGAUGAAGAUCAUUUCAUAAGCUCUCUUGACGGCCAUGUGCGGGUGAUCAGAAGACUUCCUGAGACAGUAAUCGAAAGAUUUGGCUACAACAUUAGCAACAUUCCAAACUUGAAAGUUAAAGCUAGGGCACCAGUUAGUUAUUACUUGACCGAAGCAUCCCCUGUAUUGCGUGAGCAUGGGGUUAUUCGCAUAAGCCCCUUUGCAAAUAGACUGGCAAUAGAAAUUCCUCCAGAUAUCCAAUCACUUAGAUGUUUAGCUAAUUACAAAGCACUGAGAUUUUCUGUUCCCAUAGUCACAAUUGCAAAGAAAUUAGUUGAUCGUAUGGUUGAGAAAAGCUCAAAUAAUGGUGGGAAGUAUAUGGCAGUCCAUCUCCGUUUUGAGGAGGAUAUGGUGGCCUUCUCCUGCUGUGUAUAUGGUGGGGGGAUGACUGAGAAGUUUGAAAUGGAUUCUGCUCGUCAAAGAGGGUGGAGGGAAAAAUUUAACCACAGAGGCCGUUGUUUAAGUCCUGGCCUAAAACGUAUGAAUGGAAAGUGCCCUCUGACUCCCUUAGAGGUGGGAAUGAUGUUGAGGGGUAUGGGCUUUAAUAACAACACUCCAGUCUAUUUGGCAUCAGGGAAAAUAUACAAUGCAGAUAGAAAUUUAGCACCUUUGUUGCAGCUCUUUCCCCUUCUUCAGACCAAAGAAUCUCUUGCCACUCCAGAAGAGCUUGCUCCAUUCCAGGGCUAUUCCUCAAGGUUGGCUGCUUUGGAUUAUGUUGUUUGCCUGUACAGUGAAGUGUUUGUUACCACUCAAGGUGGCAAUUUUCCCCACUUUAUGAUGGGUCAUCGGCGAUUUCUCUACGGUGGCCAUGCUAAGACCAUCAAACCUGACAAACAAAAAUUAGCUGUGUUGCUGCAUGAUCCAAGCAUUAGUUGGAAGGUUUUCAAAGAAGAAAUGGAAACAAUGCUUCACGAGAGCAACCGAAAGGGCAUGACAUUUCGUAAGAGCAAACAAUCAAUCUAUGCCUACCCUUCACCAGACUGCACCUGUCACCAAGAUCUAAUCAAUUCAACAUUCUUGCCAACCUACCUCAACCAUGAGGCUGGCUAGUACAGUAGCAAAGCCAGUUGUUAUCCUUGGACUUAUUAUCUUUACCUUGAUCACUACUCCAUAUUCAUGGCUUUGCCAAAUUGCCACCGCCGUGCCAUUUUUUAUAUCAGCACAACUGUAAAGCUCAGCUUGCUGGCCCUAUCGAAGCCUUUCAUGUAAACAUGAUGAUUCUCCCAAGUACCUGUCAUUUCUUCAUCCCUGUGUUUUAAUCUGUUUCCUGAGUUGUUUUAGUUAUUCCAGACUCAAGUGAACUAAGAUACUGUCAAUUUGUAGUGUUUUCUUGUUCA